GUUGCCAUGGGAACGCGCCGCGGCCCGAGUUAAUCAUUUCCUGUGGAAAGUGUGCGGGAGGGGGGAAGCGGUCGGGCCGAGGAGGCGGCGGCAGCUUGGAGCUGCCUCCCGCCGGCGGGCCGGGCCGGGUGCUGCCGGGCGCUGCGGCGACGCUGGGAUCCUGCCUCGGCUAGGCGGGCUGCCCGGCGCCCAGAGGAGGCUGCUGAGCCCCGGGCCAUGGUCCCCUCUCGCAGGACGUGGAACCUGGGAGCCACGCCCUCGCUGCGGGGCCUGUGGAGAGUGGGCCGGGCCCGUGAGCCCGCGCCGGGGAUGGCUCGCCCCGCCCCAGCCCCAGCCCCAGCCAGCCCGGCCGCCCGCCCUUUCCCACACACCGGCCCGGGGAGGUUGAGAACUGGGCGUGGAAAAGACACCCUGGUCUGUGGUGACGAGGACUCCAGUGCCCGGAGCGCAGUUCGCCCAGCUCUAGCCCAGUGCCGAGCACUUAGUGUGGACUGGACUGGCCCCGGGAGCCCUCGCGGGCUCUACCUGACCGUGCAGCAGGCCCUGCAGGACAAGGGGUGCAAGAACAAGAGUCAGGGGACGAAAGAAGAGAAGCUCCUGAAGAGGCAGGCGCCGGCCCCCAGGCGGGACCGGGAGGCCCAGGAAGCUGGUGACACCAUGAAUGUGGAGAAAACAGGUGGGAGGCUCUUUGGCAGCGGGAGGUGCUCGAGCCUGUCGGGGCCGCCAGGUGCGGCCCCCAUGGUGCAUAGGAUGGUCGAAGCCAUCUCCCAGCUUCAGGAGGAGAAAGCCCAGCUUCAAGAGGAGCUGGCAAUCCUACAAGAGCGGCUGGCCCUCCGCGACAGUGACCAGCAAGCCACAUCCACCCAGCUGCAGAACCAGGUGGAAAGCCUGAAGGAGAAGCUCAUCAGCCAGGCCCAGGAAGUGAGUCGUCUCCGAUCAGAGCUGGGGGGCACUGACUUAGAGAAGCACCGGGACCUGCUGAUGGUGGAGAAUGAGCGGCUGAGGGAGGAGAUGCGGCGCUGCGAGGCCGAGCUACAGGAGCUGCGGGCGACGCCAGUGGCCCCUUGCCCGGGCUGUGAGCACAGCCAGGAGAGUGCCCAGCUCCGCGACAAGCUGUCCCAGCUGCAACUGGAGGUGGCAGAGAACAAAGGCAUGCUGUCAGAGCUGAACCUGGAGGUGCAGCAGAAGACUGACCGGCUGGCAGAGGUCGAGCUGCGGCUCAAGGACUGCCUGGCUGAGAAGGCGCAGGAGGAGGAGCGGCUCAGCCGGCGCCUGCGCGACAGCCAUGAGACUAUUGCCAGCCUGCGGGCCCAGUCCCCACCUGUCAAGUAUGUCAUCAAGACGGUGGAGGUGGAGUCACCCAAGACGAAGCAGGCCCUCAGUGAGUCCCAGACCCGGAACCAGCACCUGCAGGAGCAGGUGGCCAUGCAGAGGCAGGUGCUGAAGGAGAUGGAGCAGCAGCUGCAGAGCUCACAUCAGCUGACCAUGCAGCUCCGGGCACAGGUCUCUGUUUCCUCAUCUAUAAUGCGACCUGGUUCUGGACCCCAUUUCACAAUUGCCAUGUAUGAGUCAGAGCUGGAGCGGGCACAUGGGCAGAUGCUGGAGGAGAUGCAGUCGCUGGAAGAGGAUAAGAACCGAGCCAUCGAGGAGGCCUUUGCCAGAGCCCAGGUGGAGAUGAAGGCCGUGCAUGAGAACCUGGCAGGUGUCCGGGCCAACCUGCUGACGCUGCAGCCGGCACUGCGGACCCUCACUCACGACUACAACGGGCUCAAGCGGCAGGUGCGCAGCUUCCCGUUGCUUUUGCAGGAGGCCCUCAGGAGCGUCAAGGCAGAGAUAGGCCAGGCCAUCGAGGAGGUCAACAGCAAUAACCAGGAGCUGCUGCGCAAGUACCGCCGGGAGCUGCAGCUGCGCAAGAAGUGCCACAAUGAGCUCGUGCGGCUGAAAGGGAACAUCCGAGUGAUUGCUCGUGUCCGGCCAGUCACCAAAGAAGACGGGGAAGGACCCGAGGCAACCAAUGCUGUGACCUUUGAUCCCGAUGACGACUCCAUCAUCCAUCUGCUGCAUAAGGGCAAGCCUGUGUCCUUUGAGUUGGACAAGGUCUUCUCCCCAUGGGCAUCACAGCAGGAUGUGUUCCAGGAGGUACAAGCCCUGAUCACCUCCUGCAUUGAUGGCUUCAACGUCUGCAUCUUUGCCUACGGACAGACAGGUGCUGGCAAGACGUACACGAUGGAGGGGACCCCUGAGAACCCUGGCAUCAACCAGCGGGCCCUGCAGCUGCUCUUCUCGGAGGUGCAGGAGAAGGCGUCCGACUGGGAAUACACCAUCACUGUCAGUGGGGCAGAGAUCUACAAUGAAGUCCUCAGGGACCUGCUGGGGAAAGAGCCACAGGAGAAACUAGAGAUUCGGCUGUGCCCAGAUGGAAGUGGGCAGCUGUACGUGCCAGGGCUGACAGAGUUCCGGGUGCAGAGUGUGGAUGAUAUCAACAAGGUGUUUGAGUUCGGCCAUACCAACCGCACUACGGAGUUCACCAACCUGAAUGAGCACAGCUCCCGCUCGCACGCACUGCUCAUUGUGACCGUGCGUGGUGUGGACUGCAGCACAGGCCUCCGCACCACGGGGAAGCUGAACCUGGUGGACUUGGCGGGUUCGGAGCGUGUGGGCAAGUCUGGGGCUGAGGGCAGCCGCCUGCGAGAGGCUCAACACAUCAACAAGUCGCUGUCGGCCCUGGGGGAUGUUAUCGCUGCCCUGCGCUCCCGCCAGGGCCAUGUGCCCUUCCGCAACUCCAAGCUCACCUACCUGCUGCAGGACUCACUCAGUGGUGACAGCAAGACCCUCAUGGUGGUACAGGUGUCCCCCGUGGAGAAGAACACCAGCGAGACGCUUUAUUCCCUCAAGUUUGCCGAGAGGGUGCGCUCUGUGGAGCUGGGCCCUGGGCCACGCCGGGCAGAGCUGGGGUCCUGGUCAAGCCAGGAGCAUCUAGAGUGGGAGCCAGCUUGCCAGACGCCACAGCCUUCAGCACGAGCCCAUUCAGCCCCCAGCUCUGGGCCCACAAGCCGUCCUGGCUCCAUCCGUAGGAAGCUGCAGCCCUCUGCCUGACGGCUAGGGCUGCAGAGUCUCUAGGGAAGUCGAGGCCGGUGCCUGUGUGAUGGACAAGCCUGCCUAUGGGUCAGGAGCUGCUCCCUGAGGCCUGCUGCUCUUGCAGCGCCAGGACCCCGAGAAGUGGGGGCCACGGUGGAGGCUCGUCUUCUGUCCUGUCUCCCCUCAGAUGAGAAACACGUUCAGAAGGAAAAGUGGCUCUUGGCUGUGGCUCUGGUACAGAUAGCGUGGGCUGGAAGGGCAGGCCUGGGCCACCAGAAAGCUGGGCCCCCAGGGUGGGGGGCAGGAGUAAGUGGGAAGUGGGCCUCUCACCUGGGCUGGGGAUGGUGGAGAACCUUACCCAGGCUGGCCCAACUCCCCUCCCCAGCUGGCAUGGCCAGUUUCCUUAGGGUGGACUGAGGAACCACAGGCAGGUUGGUUGCACCAAGGGCAGCCCUGCCUGCCACCGUCCCCCAAGGAGGGGAUCCCACAGCUGGGUGUGUACAUAGUGUUCCUAGGUGUACAUAGAGCGUGGCCCUCCGGCAUGGGCUGAGCUGUAUUUAUGGCUGGCAGGAGGCCAGCGGGCAGGGUUCUGUGGCCCCCUUCUCUGCUGGGCACCAGGCUCUCCUUGCUCACUGGUCUCUUGACAGUUUCCUCCCUCUGAAAUCCUAUUUAAGAACUUUUGGAAACUUAGCCAUUUUUACUUAUUAAAAUAAAAGCCUUUUUACACAAGUAUAGUCUGGGUCUGUGA